AAAAUCUAUAUAAAGGGUGUGAAGAGGUUGCAUACGAGCAUAACCAAAACCAACUUUGUAGUAAAGUUGGGAAAAAUGGGGCCGACCUCUCUCUUUCUCACUCUUCUAGUGCUCGCAGUGUCUCUCAGCUUGCCUUCUAAAACCACUGCCGACAAUCCUUACUCAUCUCCUCCUCCACCUCCUAAGUACUACUACAAGUCACCACCUCCACCAGUGCAUUAUCCUCCACCACCUUACAAGUACAAGUCUCCUCCUCCUCCUAAGGAGGAGCCAUACAAAUACAAGUCUCCUCCACCACCUCCUCCAGUUUACAAAUACAAGUCUCCCCCUCCUCCUCCCAAGGAGGAACCAUACAAAUACAAGUCUCCUCCACCACCUCCUCCAGUUUACAAAUACAAGUCCCCUCCUCCUCCAAAGGAGGAGCCAUACAAAUACAAGUCUCCCCCACCACCUCCUCCUCCUAAGGAGGAGCCAUACAAAUACAAGUCUCCCCCGCCCCCUCCUCCAGUUUACAAAUACAAGUCUCCUCCUCCUCCUCCUAAGGAGGAGCCAUACAGAUACAAGCCUCUUCCUCCUCCUAAGGAGGAGCCAUACAAAUACAAGUCUCCCCCGCCCCCUCCUCCAGUUUACAAAUACAAGUCUCCUCCUCCUCCUAAGGAGGAGCCAUACAGAUACAAGCCUCUUCCUCCUCCUAAGGAGGAACCAUAUAAAUACAAGUCUCCUCCACCACCUCCUCCAGUUUACAAAUACAAGUCCCCUCCUCCUCCAAAGGACGAGCCAUACAAAUACAAGUCUCCCCCACCACCUCCUCCACCUAAGGAGGAGCCAUACAAAUACAAGUCUCCCCCGCCCCCUCCUCCAGUUUACAAAUACAAGUCUCCUCCUCCUCCUAAGGAGGAGCCAUAUAAAUACAAGUCUCCCCCACCACCACCACCCCAUUAUGUCUAA